GUGCCUAACAGAAAUGAAAUUGAAUCUUCGUUUUUCCAAUCAUACUGAAAACUAAUUUAAUUACGAACCAGUUUAAUGUUAUUUAUUGUUUAUUUAAUUUAUUUAGAUUUAAGUAAACAAACACACACAUAAGUGGUCCUAAUAAUUCACAAUGUUAAUUAGAAAAACUAAAUUUGUUGCUUUAUUUUUGUUGAUUUUUCCGUACUUUGUUACGCCCGAAGAAAAUUACGUUUACGAUUAUGAUUCAGAUAAUUUCAAACAGAAAAUAGAAGAAAUGGAUGGAAAUUUUAUUAUGUUUUAUGCACCUUGGUGUCGUCACUGCACAGCCUUCCAUCCCAUCUGGCUGGAGCUAGCGGAGCUAGUAAACACGCAAGGGUCAAAAUUCGCUAUCGCUCAGGUAGACUGCACAGUGCACUCAAAACUUUGUCAGGAGAAUGAUAUUACAGGCUACCCGACACUACUGUACUUCCAUAAGAACUCUUUUGUCCCUGUAGAAUACAAAGGUACUAGAGAUCUGCCGUCUCUAACACUAUUCUUAAAUGAUGUAUUCACUUUGUCCACCGAGGGACAUGACAAAGAAUCAAGUGAAGUGAAAGUGUAUAGUGGGGUGGCUUACUUGACGGAUGCGAACAUUGAGAAGCAUCUUGCCUUUGGCCAGCACUUCGUCAUGUUCUAUGCGCCUUGGUGUAAAGCUUCACAGAAACUGGCUCCAAUAUGGGCGGAAUUAGCAGUGCAGUACGCCCACAACAAGUACAUACAUAUUGGCAAAGUCAAUUGCAUGGAGAAUGAAUGGACUUGCAAGAAUUUUGAUGUUAAGCAAUACCCUUAUCUAGUUUGGAUUUACCAUGGAAGAAUUGUAGGCAUAUCCAGUGGUGAAACAUUACAGGAACUCAAACAGUAUGUAGACACAAUGUUGUUGACUGAAACCUAUGAUCCUGAGAAGUUUCUUAAGAAGAAGAAAACAUUACCAGUAGCCAGGAUAUUAGAAGAAACCUUUGACAUAUUCAUGGAGACUGAUUUAGUAUUCAUUAAUUAUUUUGCACCAUGGUGUGCCCAUUGCAUGCAACUGAGUCCGCUAUGGAUAAAACUGGGAGAGAAAUUCCAGAACAACACAAGAGUCCUUAUUGCGGACGUCGACUGCGUUAAAUCUAAGGAGGUUUGCGAAGCUGAAAAGAUAACGAGUUUCCCAACACUAGUCCUAUACAAAGAUAAAAAGAUGGUGUUCAUAGAGAACGGCGGGAGACCUUUGGAAACCCUAAUAGCGCUUGUCAAUGAACACUUAGAAGACCAAGCACCGGCGAAGGAAAUAUCUAGGGAAGAAAAGACCAAAGAUGAAUUAUAAUGCUUAAUCAAUUUUUG